UUAACAACAACAACAAUAGUGAUCGUUUAUCUGAUGAACAUAGAAACCGUGGGCUCGCCUUCCCGUCCCGACCAUCGGUUCUAGCGCCACCAUGACGUGUCCCUUGGUUAACCGUACGCACCGUAGUAAAACCGUACACUUGACGUAACAAAUUGUAAAAUAUCAGGUAGAAAAAGCAGGUGCUCUUGGUUUGACCAAAACACAAAUGUCCUUGAAAAGCGUAAAUUUCUUCAAUCGCGACGCACACGUGACGCCGUCCCGCGCCGCCAUUGGCCAGUUGUGAGCGUGCCCUGCGCGAAACCACCGCGCAUCUCAGUGAUUACAAAAUGCCGUCAGAGUCUAAACCUUUGUUGACAGCUCAGACGGAAAAGCCAAAUCAUUACUCAUAUUUGAAAGAGUUUCGCGUCGAGCAAUGCCCGCUCUUCUUACAACACAAAUGUACACAGCAUCGUCCAUUCACCUGUUUUCACUGGCAUUUCAUGAACCAGCGGCGUCGGCGGCCGGUGAGGCGUCGCGACGGCACCUUCAACUACUCCGCGGACAACUACUGCACCAAAUACGACGAGACGACGGGCAUUUGCCCCGAUGGAGACGAUUGCCCGUUUCUGCACCGUACUGCCGGGGACACAGAAAGACGCUACCACUUGAGGUACUAUAAAACCUGCAUGUGCGUCCACGACACAGAUUCUAGGGGCUACUGUGUCAAAAAUGGGCUUCAUUGCGCCUUCGCCCAUGGGAGCCACGACCACAGACCACCAGUAUACGAUAUUAAAGAAAUCCAAGCACUAGAAGCCGCCGAGGCGGAGGGCAGUGGAUCCUCCAACGGGCCCAACGCCCUCGACAAAGAGCGGAACCUCAUGAAUGAAGAUCCAAAAUGGCAAGAUACAAAUUAUGUAUUAUCAAAUUACAAAACGGAACCUUGUAAAAGACCACCCCGAUUAUGUAGACAAGGUUACGCCUGCCCCCAGUAUCACAACAGUAAAGACAAAAGAAGAAGUCCUCGGAAAUUUAAAUAUCGGUCAACACCGUGCCCUAACGUAAAACAUGGCGAGGAGUGGGGAGAGCCGGGUAAUUGUGAUGCGGGUGAUUUGUGUUCCUAUUGUCACACUAGAACAGAACAGCAGUUUCAUCCAGAGAUUUACAAAAGCACCAAAUGUAACGAUGUACAACAGUCGGGGUAUUGUCCUAGGGGGGUGUUCUGUGCGUUCGCCCACGUUGAACAAGAAAUGGGAGUCUCACGAGACACAGGAGAAAGUGGUACAAAUUUUGCGGAGAUAUUAUCAAAUGCUCUUCCUCCAUCUAGUUUAGAUAAGAAAGAAAAAAGCAGUGAUAGCUCAAACGGAAGUAGUGAAGUUAGCGAGUCGGCAUCAACAUCAUCUUUAGGUUCAAAUAGUUCACAUAGUAAAGCUCCAGGUUCACAAUUAGCCCACAAAUCAAUACCAUUCAAUAGACAUUUACCAUUGGGAGUAGAAUUAAACAAUAAAUUAUUAGCAAUUGAAAAAGAUCCAAAUUUAGACGUUUUAGAAAGAGAGAAGUUGAAGCAGUCGCUAAGGUUUCCUUUCACCGGAAUAUCUCAGUCGUCUUUUUUCGGUUCCGCCAACGACACUGUUGGCAGCGUCGUAGGUAACGCUUUGGACGAGUUGACACUAGACGAUUCAUUAAAUUUGACCGGUCUGGACCGAGAUUUAGAAUCGGAAUCACCGACGGUCACAAAUUCGAUAUCCGUGGGCUUAGCUUCGUCGGGUUUGUUAGGCAGUUCAGCUCCAGUCAACAUUCCAGGGUCGGCACGAACAGGUUUAGGAGGAUUUAGUCCAACGAGUAAUAGCCCUUUGCAACAACUUCACGGUAGUUUCUUGUCAGCAGCUAGGUUCUCCCAAUCCGAACACAUGGACUUUUUAAACCAUUCGCAAAUUCCUUUGAGCAGUAGUGCGUCUAAGAUCAAUUCCUACCAAAACUUCUUCGAUUUUCCACCACAGAGUAUUUCGCCGACGUCUAGAAACCACAACAAUUUCAGUAUAUCCCCUAGCGUCAACAGUAACAUGGAAGUGGCGCUACUCCGAGAAGAACUAAAUUCCGCCAAAAUGCAACUGUCAAGUUGGGAAGAUAGGUUACAGCAGGCCAGAACCGCCUGCGAUUUGUGGAAACAAGCUUCCGAGGAAGCCAAUAGGAAGAGCCAGUUGACUGAAACCAAACUGAACGAGACGAUGACUCAGUUGAACGAGACCGUAACUCAGUUGAAUAAUCUGAAACAAGAGUACGAGAAGCUACAAGGGGGACCUCACAUUAGGAGUAUAACAAACGUUUCAGAAUUAAGCAAAUUGUCAUUAAGUGUUUUGAAAAAUUUGCACGCUCAACUUAGGCAAGACUUGGAAGAAAUCGAAAAGGUUUUGUAUAGAGAGACUGCUUCAAAAUGUAUGGUCUGUGAAGAACGUAAUAGAACUGUAACAUUAAAUUGCAAUCAUUUUGUUCUGUGCAGUACAUGUGCCCUCACACAAAGUGAAUGCCCUUAUUGUCAAACUCCUUUCAAUUUGAGUAAUAACAUGUGAAAAUGAGAAGCUUAGGUGUGUAUGCAAUGUUACCGCGUCUCGCUGAGCAAAAAUCGACACUCGGGUGCGUUGCAUGCAGUUAACAAAUUUUAACAUAAAUAUAAAUAGGUUUAUUACAAUUUAUUUUAUUAAACAAUUAGGCGCGAUUUUUUAAAAUUGUUGCUACACUAUCUACAAGACCAAUUUUGUUUUUAGGGCCGGCCUAAGCCCGCUGACGCGGGCUUAGGCCGGCUAACGCUAUGAUAUUACAAUUUAAACUGUUUUGGAAAAUCGCUAAUAUUCAAUUGAAUUGUCCGUGUUUAAACUGUUUGACUAGAAUACUGCUGUGGAAACAAUAAAUUGUAAAAUAACAAGACUCGUUUACAAUAAAUCUGAGAACAUGUAGCAAUUUGUGUGCGUUUUUAUCGUUUCGUGCAUUUAUUUUGGCUGUGCACCGCAUUUCGCUCAGAAUUUUUUUUGACAGUUUUAAUACGGACUCUUGUUAAAUUUUAGUUAGGUAGGACUUUUCAAAUUCAAUUAGUUAUAUUCAAUUAAGUUUUUAAAACUGCUGCACUAUUUAGAAACAUAUCAAUAUAUUUAUUUAUUUAAAGUUGAAGAUGUAUUUUUAUAAUGAAGACAAAUGUGAUUGUUUAUGCUUUUUCUUUUUUUUUUUUUUAAUUCAAUCGAUGCGAUUCAAAACAGGCGUGUGCAGCAUGUCAUUAAGUUGAUUUUAUUUUUUAACCAAUCGACUGAUGCAAUCGUAUUUAUUUGUAAAGUAGAUUUCCCUUUUACACAACAGUUUAAAAUCCUUUAUGACCAAUGUAUUUUCUUAACUAAAGCCGUUUGUAAUAAUAAGGGAAAAGGGAGAAUUUAUUUUUUGUUAUGUGUAUACCCAAAGUUACUGAUCCCAGUGUUAUAUUUUAUAGUGUUGACGAUUGUGCCACUAAAAAAAUUAUUUUCUUAGCUAGGUGUUGUAUAGAUUGUUUUUACUUAUUAUAGACGUAUGUUGGAAUUAUUGCAAACAGCUUUAAUGACUUUACAUAAAAUGUUUGUCAUGGAAUUCUAUUUACAAAAAACAUAUUAUACUUAUACUUAGGUAGGUAGUUUUAAUAAAUAAAUUAUAAAUAAAAGUAGUGGGCCUAUAGUUAUUAUAACUACACUCUUAGCAAUUAGAUAUUUUCGUAGGUCAAAAAAACUGAUUUUGUACAAGCCUUGUUUCUACUGUAAAUAUCGUUUAGAGCGCUGACGUAGUAAUCAAGUGAUUUUUUACCCAAAAUGUAUAAAUCUUCAUGCAAUAACGGUCGAUCAAAAAUUUAUAGUCAAAAGAGUUUUUUUGGCUUACUUGAUCCAGUUAGAAUAUACUUGAAACAAACUUGUCUUAAAAUAAUAUCUAUUUGUCCAUUGCAUAAAAUUUAGGCAUUCGUUGUAUUUUUAAUAGUUGUUUAAAAAUUUCAUUUAUAAUUCAAUGUAAUGAUUGUGUAUUUUUAAAAAAAUUAUUAAAUUAGAAUUUCAAAUUUAUUAUUU